ACUGUCUUGUUUGCGCUUUUUCCAAAUUUAGAAGGGGCAAAGUUCACGUUACCAUCGGCUGCCAAACAGCCAGCUAACAGUUAGCCCUUUGAAGUCAACCGACGGAUAACCUCAUUGGAUUAGAUUCGUUUAUAAAAAAAAUGUUCUAAAAGUGUGGAAGAUAAUAUGAAAAUGUGAAUAAAAAAGUAUUGUGACUGUGGCAUUUAGUGAAUCAUUAAAACAAUUAUGUUUGUUUGCUGUAUAUCGGAAAAUUGAAUUUAUUCAAAUAGGAAUUAUAGUACGACUUUAUUCGUUAAGUAGGAAUUUUACUAGAUGUUCAAGAUGGCUUCGGAAAUAUCGACAAAUAUUUGCGCACCGCCUCAAAAACCUCCAUCUCCACCCACAAGAACUUUAAAUUUUUCUAUCGCAAAAAUAAUGGAGCCUGACAAUAAAAUGAAGAAAUCGAAUUUAGAAAUAGACAAGGACAACAGUAUCUUAAAUCUCUCUCAUGCUUCAGCAUUCGAAUCCGCUUUCAAGAAGUAUGUUCCAAAUGUUCUUAGGUCUCCAGAAAUUUUGCAGAAUUAUCCUUUAGUAUAUUACCACCCCAGUCAACUAAUGCUAGGAUCAGUAUCUGUAUAUACUUCAUCGGUAACUCAAGAUCCUCCCGGUCCAAUUGGAAACAGUUCUGGUGUAAAUCCCUUAUCUCUACAUUUUAAUCAAGUUAAAACAAGCCCCGUAAAAGCGCAACCAAAAAUUAGUACCCCCUCAAAUGGCAACUCGCCAAUUUUAACACCGAAGCAGAAGAGUUUUGAAUGUGGAGAAUGUGGGAAGGUAUUCAAUGCCCAUUAUAAUCUAACUAGGCACAUGCCAGUGCAUACAGGAGCUAGACCGUUCGUAUGUAAAAUAUGUGGAAAGGGUUUUAGACAAGCUUCAACGCUUUGUAGGCAUAAAAUAAUUCACACUUCGGAAAAACCUCACAAAUGCCACACUUGCGGCAAAGCAUUCAACAGAUCUUCUACCCUGAAUACGCAUGCACGGAUACAUGCCGGGUACAAACCUUUUGUUUGUGAAUUUUGUGGAAAGGGUUUCCAUCAAAAAGGCAAUUAUAAGAAUCACAAACUCACUCAUAGCGGGGAAAAAGCUUAUAAAUGCUCUGUGUGUUCAAAAGCGUUUCAUCAAAUAUAUAAUCUCACUUUCCAUAUGCACACUCACAAUGACAAGAAACCGUUUACAUGUAGGGUAUGUGGGAAAGGAUUUUGUCGAAAUUUUGACUUGAAGAAGCACAUGAGAAAACUUCAUGAAAAUAGUGGUAACUGCAUCGAACCCGACUUUAUGUCUAGUACUUCACAAGGACCAACUCCUGCUUCAUACUCCGGUGAUAGGAAUAUUCACCACUUCAUCAGCCCUUUCAUUCGUCCACCCAUGACUGUCCCAGUGUAUUCAUCGAAACUAUUGUGACCUUCGUAUUAAAUAUAACUGUUGUGUUCAUCAAAGAUGAUAAAUCUGUACAUUUAAUACUCAAUAUUACCAAGGUGAUUACAAUACCUAUUUGAAAACUAUAUUCACUCAGUUAAAAUUGUGCUAUCCAAACAGAAAAAUGUGUUAGGUAUUAUAACAAUUUUAAAAAUAAAUAUAAUAAUUAUCUUCAUAAUUUUGUUAUAAGUAGAAGUCUUCCAUAAUUAAUUAUUCUCUACUAGUAGGUGGUGCUCUAGUAUCUCAGUGGCAGUUGUAUUUUUCUACUAUGCCACACAUACAUUCGUUAUUACGACUCUUUUCUGUGUUUCGAAAUUGCAUCGUGAAACCGAUUCUAUAUUUUCCUGUUUCUACUACCAAUUUCAGUUUUAGAAUCCAAAAUGUAUUCUAAUAAAACCAACUCUAAAGCUUAUGGUUGGCAUUUUGUGAUGAUAAUUUCAUUCUUUUCUGCGCAUUUUCUUUUGACAAUAAUUACUGCAUUAUUAUUUGAUUUCCGUUUCUUAUACUAAUAGUAAUCAAAAUAUGUUUGCUUUCCUUGUUUAUUAUAUUGUUAACUGCCAAAAAUGUGUGAAUAUAAGAAAAAAAUUAUUCCAAAAAAUUAUUCACCUCAAGUAAUUGGUAUUAUAUAAAUAUGGAUAGAUAUUAUAUCUAAAGCAACAAAAUGAAACAUAAAUGAGUUACUGAAAUCAAUUUUAAUGAAAAUUAUUAGAUAGAUAAGUACAUUUAGUGUUAGGUACUAUUGAAGUCACUUUUCCAGAAAAAAAAAUAUGUAAGAAAACUGAGCGGCCGUGUUAUUUCUUUUGUGUUGCGGGAAAGAAAAUCAUUAUUUAUCUGUAGUUAAAUGCUAUUGAUGAGUUCAUAUACGUAUUUAACAAAGUUCUAUUGAUAAUAAUUUCUGACCAAGCUGGAAUUUUUGGAGUCUGAUGAUAUUCAUACUGAGCAAAUCGUAUACUAUUUAAAAAGUGUAAUUGUGAAUGCUGGUGUGAUGGAAGCAGUAAACAGUGAAUUCAGUAUAAAUAAUUUCUCAGAAAACCUUGGACCUAGAUAAUUUUUUCAGAAAUUCACAACUAAUUUCUUAGUAUCAGAAACAUCAGAAUUAUCUCAACGUUUUUGGCAUUCAACGAUUCUUCAGAACUAUUAUUACUGGUUGAAGGUAGAUCCUCCAGUAGAGAUUCAUAGUAUUGGAAGUGUAAUGGAUUGUCAAAAUUGCAUCUUUGCAGGUUUCAUUCCUGGAGUUGCCUGUUACAGCUUUCAAUCUAAAGUUCCUCCGUCUGAAGGAACAUCGAAUAUCAUCAUCCUUACUUUUUGUCGUUUCAAUAAAAGCUUAGGCAUUUUUAAGAAGAAAAUUUUCAAACAAAAAUAUCAAAGAACUGAUUCUGUCAAUAACUUUAAAUACUGAAGGACAUUUUUGUAAAAUUCACACUACUUCAGAUCAAUGUUAUGAAUGUGUAUAAUGGCUAACUUUUGUUACCAAUUGAGCAAAAAGGGACUGUAUCUUCUUUAAAUAACAAUACAAUAUGAUAUAAUUAUUUGAUAGAUUCUAAAACUCAAAAGCUAAACCUUUGUAUUACAAUUGCUGUCAAAAGUAAACAGGAUUACUUGUAUGUAUGGGAAAACGAGGUUUUCCAUUUGACAUUCCAUUCCUCGGCCUUCAUAAUAAAAUUUCUUGAAACCUUCCUUAGAUAAACUAUUGGAAAUUGACAGGUACGGCUUAGAAGGGAUGUUGUAGCAUUGCUCAAGGAAGUCUUAAUGCUUGGCAGGAAUACUUGAAUUCUCUCAAAAAUAUCUCCGGUGAGUGAAGAGAUUUCCUGGUUUGGUGUGAGUUCAUUUGUCUUUCUAAAAUGCGCUGGUAAGCCUAUCUGUUGAAAAUUAAUGAAAAGUCAUUUUGAGUAAAUUUUUUUAAAUAUUUAUUGCUAAUACAUUUGUGAAGAUCCUAAAACUGCAGAUACAUGUAAUGCAACGGCAGAGCAUUUUAUUUAUGUUAAUUUCUCACAAUACGUAUUUAUUUAUGAAUUGAAUGAAUGUACAGAUUAUUGUCUUCAGUUAAACGCAAUAUACUAAAAACUGGUGAUAGCCCGAUUGGACUUUCUUUCGAGAAUGCUUUGAUCUCUUUUUGAUGUGCAAUAUCUGAGAAAAACCUACAUUGAUCUACACCUGUAAAAUUUCUCAUCGCUUAGAUAUACAUUGUAAAAAAAUAUGUAUUUAGAAUCUAGUAACAUAAUCAAAUGAAUGUUAUUUAAUAUAAAUUAAAAUGUGUUUCAUUUUA